AUGUCACCAACUUUUAAUCCAGGUAUAAAAUCAAAAUCAAAAGACAUAGUACUAGUUCAAAAAUAUAACAUUAAAACCAAAAAUCAUAUCAAAAGAGGAGAUAUCAUAAUGUUUAGAUCACCUUUAGAUCCAGAAAAAUUAUUAACUAAAAGAGUAAUCGGUGUGAAUAAUGAUAUAAUUUUCCCCAAAUCAACUUAUCCCAAAUCAGAAGUUAAAAUUCCAAGAAAUCAUUAUUGGGUUGAAGGUGAUAAUGUACAUUCUAUAGACUCUAAUGAGUUUGGACCUAUAAGUAAAGGUCUUGUGGUGGGGAAAGUUAUUUUAGUUUUGUGGCCAUUAAAUAGAUUUGGUCAUGAUAUAAAUAAAAGUUUUUGA